AACACUAUUCUUGUAUUUUCUGUGUUUUUAAUCCUUAAUUUAUUAUAUAAACAGCAUUUUUAACUUACUUGUAUGAGGAACUUUUACCAAAUUAGCAGAAUAAUAAAUUUGACAUUUGUUUUCGCGGUAUAGUAAAUAGAGCUCGCUAAUUCAUAAACUUGAGAUUAUUAUGUUGACGUCUACAUUGCAAGUUAAAUUAGUAAUGAGCCGUUUCACUAGAUGAAUCACAUAAAUAUAUUUAUAAGGCCAACAUGAGCACAGAUCUCUGUGGGGAAGAUGUAGUGGUGCGUUUAUCAUCAUCACAAAUUAUAUCCGCGGCGCGCGGCGCGCCCGGCGGCGGCGUGGAGCUGGGCCGGCGCCUGCUGCUGGCGGCGCGCGCGGGCGACGCGGCCGCCGUGGUGGAGCUCAUGGCCAAGGGCGCGCCCUUCAGCACCGACUGGCUGGGCACGUCGCCGCUGCACCUGGCGGCCGCCAACAACCACGUGGACACGUGCGCCGUGCUGCUGCGCGCCGGCGUGUCCCGCGACGCGCGCACCAAGGUGGAGCGCACGCCGCUGCACCUGGCGGCCGGCGCGGGCCACGCCGCCGCCGCCGCGCUGCUGCUGCGCCACGGCGCGGCGCCCGACGCGCGCGACAUGCUGCGCAUGACGCCGCUGCACUGGGCCGCGGCGCGCGGACACGCCGCGGCCGCGCGCGCGCUGCUGGCCGCGGGCGCCGACGCGCGCCUGCGCUGCAAGUUCCGCAAGACGCCGCGCUGCCUGGCGCUGCGCGCGCAGCGCCCCGACCUGGUGGCGCUGCUGGACGCCGCCGACGCGCCGCGGGGUACGCCUGCCGCGUUUGACAUUACAGAAGUUGAAAUUAAACCGCAAACAAAAAUGAAGAUGCAAGCUGACAAAAAGAUUAUAAUAGAAUCUAAAACGCAGGCCAUCCCGCCGGGCGCCAACGUGGGGCGCGGGGCGGCGGGCGGCGGGGCGGGGCGCGGCGGGGCGGGGGGCGGCGGGGCGGGGGGCGGCGGGGCGGACGACUGGGCGGUGCCGGGCGGCGCGGGCGGCGGCGCGGCGCUGCUGCGCGCGCACGGCAUCACGCUGCUGCCCGCCGACCGCGGCUCCACCGUGCUGACGGCGCUGCGCAGCGGCCGCACCGUGGUGCUGUCGGACGCGGGCAAGCUGAUGCUGCAGGAGAGCCUGGGCGCGGCGCCCGGCGGCAAGCCCGCCAAGCCCGCCAGGCCCGCCAAGCCCGCCAAGCCCGCCAAGGGAGUGAAGCUGCUCACCCUCAACAAGCACCAGCCGCUGAAAAGGGUCAUCCACCCCGACGACUUGCAGCAAGUGAAGCUGGUGCGCACUUUGCCAGCGGCGCGGGCGGUGGAAAGGCCGGCGGCGGACAGGCCGGCGGCGGACAGGCCGGCGGCGGACAAGCCAGCUACGGACAAUCCGGCGGCGGACAAGCCGGCGGCUCGGCUGCGGCCCGCGCUCAAGAUCGUACUGGACAAGGCGCACCUCAGCCGCCUGCUGGCCGGCACGCGAGCGGCGCAGGUCAGCUGUCUGCGCCUCACCAGCACUACUAGGCCGCCCCCUCUUUCGUUUAAGGGAUCGGAGUAACGUGGUGGAUUUGUAGAGCAUAAAUCCACCACGCUACUCAAAUGCGACACGAUGACUAUUGUCAAAUGUUCGAGAUAAUUAUUGGAAUCGACGGCUUAACGUGCUCUCCGGCACUAUUAAUUUGGUUAACUCCGGGGUACUCCAGGAUUCUUAACAGAAAAUUUAUACCUUACACGUAAUUCGUGAACAUGCUAUGACUAGACUUUAUAGGCAGUUGACGUUAUACUUACAUUGUAGUGGAGUCUAAACGGUGACCGAAGGACUUAAU